AUGACGCUUUCUAUUCACAUCGACUCUGACAGUCUGGAGGGCGAGAUUCUCAAGUCCGACUCUCCGGCCAAGCAAUUGGUGAAAAAGUACGUUUCUGCCAAGAAGUCCUAUCACAAGGCCCGGGCAGAGAAGCAGCCCGACAGCAGCAUUGUGUCCAAGUUCCGUGGCGUGGACGACAAGUACAAGUUGCCCGAAGGUGGGAUGCCUUCGCGCCAGGUGUACGACAUUCUGCACGACGGAUUGAGUCUUGACGGCAACACGGAGCUGAACUUGGCCUCCUUCGUCAACACCCAUCUUGAGGAGGACGCCGAGAAGCUCAUCAUGGAGAACCUCACCAAGAAUCUGGCCGAUAACGACGAGUACCCGAUGUUGAUUGAUAUCCAGCAGCGGUGUAUUUCGAUUCUGGCCGACCUGUGGCACGCUCCCGUGGACGUCCAGAACGCUGCUCUGGGCACAGCGUGCACGGGGUCGUCCGAGGCUAUCAUGCUCGGAGGAUUGGCUAUGAAGAAGAACUGGCAGGCCCGGCGCAAAGCCCAGGGCAAGGAUCCGUACCAUCCCAACAUCCUGAUGGCCUCGUGCUGCCAGGUGGCUUUGGAGAAGUUUGCCCGCUAUUUCGACGUGGAGGCCCGUAUUAUUACUGUUUCUGAGACAGACUUUCUGUUGGACUAUGACCUGGUCAGACGCAAUGUUGACGAAAACACCAUAGGUGUCUUUGUCAUCAUGGGAUCCACCUACACCGGUGGAUUUGAGGACGUCCAGAAAGUGUCGGACAUUCUGCAGGAGUACGAGGACGAGACCGGCAACUUUGUGCCGAUCCACGUGGACGGAGCCUCGGGCGGCAUUGUGGCCUCGGUGGUGUACCCGGAGCUGGCGUGGGACUUUAGGAACCCGCGCGUGGUGUCGAUCAACUGCUCGGGCCACAAAUUUGGGCUUGCUACCGCAGGCUUGGGUUGGGUCGUGUUCAGAAACCAGUCUUGGCUACCGCAGGAGCUCAAGUUCCAGCUGCAGUAUCUCGGCGGAUUGGAGGAGUCGUUCACGCUCAAUUUCUCAAGACCGGGCUACCAGGUGAUCCACCAGUAUUUCAACUUCUUGCAUCUGGGCAAACAGGGCUAUUUUGAGAUCUUUGACAACUGUAUCACCAAUGCACGGAUUUUGUCCAAGUUCUUGGAGGAGACUAAGCUGUUUGUGUGUGUUUCGAACCUGCACUUGCCGGCUGGCCACACCGCCAGAGGUGCUCCUCGAGAGGCCCCAAGUCCCGUGAACCACCACCUAUUUUUGUCGGAGCACAAGUACUAUAACCCAGCGCUGCCUGUUGUGUCGUUUCAGUUCUCUCCCGAGUUCUCCAAGAAGUACCCCGAGAUCCCGCAGUCGCUGGUGUCGAAGCUGUUAAGAAACCGCAAGUGGAUCAUCCCCAACUACGGCCUGCCAAAGGCCACCAAGGAGGACAGCAAGCUCAACAACGAGAUCCUCAGAGUCGUGGUCAAGUACAACCUCACGUCGCAGCUGCUCGACAAGCUGAUGCAUGACAUUGUCGAGGUGAUGGAGAUCCUGAUGAAGUCGGUCGACCUUGUGCGUGCCAAUGUUGAGAAACUCAAGCACAGCGCAAAAGAGGCCGAGGACGAGGAAACCGGCGACGCCAUGGUGUACAAUAUGCUGUUGUCGAUCGCCAACGAUGGCAACGAGAAGCUGAUCAAGCUCAAGGACGCCGAGCCGCAGCAGAAACACCACUCCUUCAGAGGAGCAUGCUAG